CCCGGAUAAGCGGCCGUUGUGGGCAAGUGAAAAGCACGGCAUCUAAGGCUGGUUAGGUUUUAAUUUAGCAUUGUGGGCGUCAGAGUGGAUUGAAGCCCCGCUGGAUUCAUGUGGACACGGCAGCACGAAGAGCCAGCAGGGCCACGACAAGUAAGCCGAGUGGAGAUACUGGCUAACGGCUGCUGCUAACUGUUUAAUUGCUAGCAGAGCAGAGACUGCCUCUCCGGCUGUUAGCGGGGUUUGAAGCACACACACUGUACGUCUUGUUGGAGCUCCAGUCUAACACAACACCUGGUGGAUGAAUGAUGUCUACCGCCAGCAUCGACCCUCAGACAUCGAAAGGACAGGAUGCAAGCAAAGCCUUUCCAGUUUCAGUGCAGAAUGGCUCCCUCCACCAGAAGGACACAGUUCAUGAUAAUGACUUUGAGCCGUAUCUCACCAACCAGUCAAGUCAGAAUAACAGCUAUCAAUCCAUGACAGACCCUUACCUGUCCAGCUACUAUGCCCCCUCAAUUGGAUUUCCUUACCCUCUCAAUGAGGCUCCUUGGUCAACAGGAGGUGAUCCACCAAUUCCCUACCUGACACCUUAUGCCCCACUCAGUAAUGGAGACCAUCACUUUAUGCCUGACACGGUAUUUGGGCAGCCAGGUGGGCUCAGCAGCAGCAUUUACCCUCACAGGUUUAACUUUUUCCCAGAGAAUCCUGCAUUCUCUGCUUGGGGCACCAGCGGUUCUCAGGGCCAGCAGACUCAAAACUCAGCCUAUGGGGGCAGCUACAGCUACCCACCUAGCUCUCUAGGGGGCACAUUAGUCCCUGAUGGCCAGACAGGUUUCCAUAGUGACACCCUGAGCAAGGCACCAGGCAUGAACAGCUUAGAACAGGGCAUGCUUGGCCUAAAAAUAGGUGGGGAUGUGACAGGAAGUGGCUCAGGUGUGAAGAACGCAGGCUCUGUGAUAGGUGGCGGAGGUGGUGCAGCUGUUGCCCCAGGCAACGGUGGCACACCAGUUGGAAUGCCCCCUCAGAAACCUACAUCAUGGGCUGCUAUCGCUAGUAAACCUGCCAAGCUGCAGCAACAAAAGACAAAGAACAAACCCAUCACUCCAAUGAUUGGAGGACCUCUGCCUCCUCCUCCAAUAAAACACAGCAUGGACAUUGACACAUGGGAUAACAAAGGGACUGCCACCAAGAUGGCCCCCACCUUGGCUCAUCACCACCAACAGCACCCACCCCAGCUUCACUCCCAUGCUCCCAGUCUCAUACCUCCCCUUCAACAGUCCCUACAGUCUGCCCAGUCCCUUGUGCAACAGAUGACCAUGCAGGGUCCUCCUCCACCCCCUCCACACUCUUACCAGAACCACAACUCUGCUCCAACACCUCAGACCAGAUGGGUAGCCCCACGGAAUCGCAACUUGUGUUAUGGUGGUGGAAGUUUGGACAGUAGCGGCUCCUCCAGCGGUUGUGGUGUGGGUAAUGAAGGUGUGGGAGGAGGGAGUGUUCCUCUAGAGCCGGGAUCAGAGUCACAUCCAGUACUAGAGAAGUUGCGAGCAGCCCACAGCUACAACCCCAAGGAGUUUGACUGGAACCUGAAAAACGGACGCGUGUUCAUCAUCAAGAGCUACUCCGAGGACGACAUCCACCGCUCCAUCAAAUACUCCAUCUGGUGCAGCACAGAGCACGGCAAUAAGCGUUUGGACUCAGCCUUCAGAGCGAUGAACUCUAAAGGUCCUGUGUACUUGUUAUUCAGCGUCAAUGGCAGCGGCCAUUUCUGCGGUGUUGCUGAGAUGCGCUCGCCUGUGGACUACAGCACCAGCGUUGGUGUCUGGGCGCAGGACAAGUGGAAGGGCAAGUUUGAUGUGAACUGGUUGUUUGUUAAGGACGUGCCUAAUAGCCAGCUGCGCCACAUUCGCCUGGAAAACAACGACAACAAGCCAGUCACCAACUCUCGUGACACUCAAGAGGUUCCUCUGGAAAAGGCAAAGCAGGUGCUAAAGAUCAUCGCCCAGUACAAACACACUACCUCCAUCUUUGACGACUUCUCUCACUACGAGAAGAAGCAGGAGGAAGAGGAGGUUGUGAAAAAGAGCUACGAGCCUGCUUCAAUACAGAGUCGAUCCAGAAUGGAUCAGGAUCGUCAGAAGUGAGCUGUACCAGAAAGCCUCUAACGGUUGAACACUUGCGUUUUGGAUUGACGUACUGAAAUUUAAAUUAAAACAGAAAACACAAGGACAAGAAUU